GCCUACAAUGCAACAAGAAUUCAGGGCUCCAAGUUAAUCGAGAGAUCAACUUAAUCUCUAGUAUGAACGAAGUACGGUUCAACCAGCAUUUCUUUGAACCCAUGGCUUUUCUGCAAAAGCUUUUCAGUGUAGUUCUGUGCAUUGUCUUUGUGGCUACUACAGCCAUCGCAAGUCCAGUACAAACUCACAAUCACACUUUUGUUAUUGAAUCCAAACCAGUGACGAGACUGUGCCAAAGCCAUAAUAUAAUUACAGUGAACGGUCAGUUUCCAGGCCCAACCCUCUCUGUUUCUAAUGGAGACACGCUCAUUGUCAAAGUCAUUAACAAGGCUCAGUACAAUGCUACCGUUCACUGGCAUGGUGUGCGGCAGAUGCGUACAGCGUGGGCUGAUGGGCCAGAGUACAUAACCCAGUGCCCCAUUCGGCCUGGAGGAAGUUACACAUACAGAUUCACCGUUAGCGGCCAAGAAGGCACUCUGUGGUGGCAUGCCCACAGCUCCUGGCUCAGAGCCACUGUUUAUGGAGCCUUAAUCAUCAGUCCUAAGGAAGGAACAGCUUAUCCCUUCCCAAAGCCCGCUCAAGAGAUUCCUGUCCUGCUAGGGGAAUGGUGGAACAGAAAUCCCAUCGAUGUGGUGAAUGAAGCAACGCGAACAGGGGCCAACCCUAACAUCUCAGACGCUUUCACUAUCAACGGGCAGCCUGGAGAUCUGUAUAACUGCUCAAGUGCAGAUACAGUUAACUUUUCUGUCAAGCCAGGGGAGACUAAUCUUGUCCGGCUGAUCAACGCUGCACUCAAUACUGAUCUGUUUGUCGCCAUUGCAAACCACGAGAUGACUGUUGUAGGCGUGGAUGCUUCGUAUACAAAACCCUACAAAACGAGCUUUCUCAUGUUGGGUCCUGGCCAAACCACAGAUUUCCUGGUGACUUUCAAUAAAGCAGCAGGCAGAUUUUAUAUGGCUGCUCGAGCAUAUGCCAGCGCUCAGGGAGCCCCCUUUGAUAACACCACCACCACUGCCAUCUUCGAAUAUAGCAAAGGAAGCUCCCCUGUUAUGCCCCAACUCCCUUUCUAUAAUGACACACAAUCCGCCCUCAAGUUUUCUACAGGUCUGAGGAGCCUCGCCUCACGCGACCACCCUGCUUUUGUCCCUCAGAAAGUGGAUGAGAGUCUCGUUUACACGGUGGGAUUGGGAUUGAUCAAUUGCCCAAGAAAUUCUUGCGGAGGUCCCAAUGGAACGAGAUUUGCAGCAAGCAUGAACAAUCACUCAUUCGUACUGCCAUCAUCUACCUCAAUUCUGCAAGCCCACCAUUUCGGAAUCAAAGGAAUCUUCACCAAUGGCUUUCCUGACACUCCUCCGGUCCAGUUCAAUUACACUGGACAAAACAUAAGCAGGAGCCUCUGGUCUCCCCUGAAAACCACCACUGUCAAAGUACUGAAAUACAACACUGCGGUGCAGGUGGUUCUUCAGGGGACAAAUAUUUUCACGGGUGAAAGCCAUCCAAUCCAUCUCCAUGGGUAUGACUUUUACAUAGUUGGAUCAGGAUUCGGUAAUUAUAAUGCAGCAACAGAUCCAUCGAAGUUCAACCUGGUGGAUCCUCCCAUGCGCAAUACAGUCAAUGUUCCAGUCAAUGGGUGGGCUGCCAUUCGAUUUGUCGCUGACAACCCUGGAACAUGGUUGAUGCACUGCCAUUUGGACGUGCACAUAGGGUGGGGUUUGGCCAUGGUUUUUGUCGUCGAGAAUGGAGUGGAUUACUCAUCAACUCUGGAGCAGCCUCCUCCAGAUCUUCCUGUAUGCUAAAGACAGUGGCAUGAAGUUCUUUGCCCUCUUAGAAAGUCAUGCCCACAGACGAACCGAUCAACUGUUAAGUGGAUUAGUUUUCAUGUUCGACAGUUUCCUACUUCUAUUUUUUUUCCAUCGAAAGAUAUUUGUAGAAUGGGAUUUAGAUUCCAAAACCUGCAUUACGUUUCUUUUUCAAUAGGGUGUUAAGUAGAUUAGUUUUCAUGUUCGACAGUUUCCUACUAUUUUUUCUCCAUCCAAAGAAUUCUGUAGAAUGGGAUUUAGAUUCGAAAACCUACAUUACAUUUCUUUUCCAAUAAGGUGAUAGAGUUUUAUUACUUUACAGUGGUCAGAAUACAGCCUAAAAUGUAAACAAUGAAUGUUAUGUAUUUAGUGUUGUUAUGUUUACAGACAAUAAAAUAUUUCUUGUUCUAAA